GGUCACGUGCUUCUGCUGGGCUGAGUGUAAUUUGUUCCUGUGAAUAAAGUUGUACGAUUUUGACGUUACACGAACAUUUGUCUGGAAAGAUGGCAGCUCUAAUCACAGCUGUGGGGCGGCGAGCCGUGCUGGGUACGAGGGGCUCCGGGAACGGGAUCCGGGUUUUCAGCCAUGGAACGCCAGCUUUAUCAAGCGAAAACAAGGAGGCCCCUCAGGCCAAGUUCUACCCUCCAUUACAGAAUGUCAUGCUACCUCCUGACACAUUCAAAGGAAAGGUGGCCUUUAUUACAGGAGGUGGUACCGGCCUGGGGAAAGGGAUGACGACAGCACUGUCCAGAUUGGGAGCAGAAUGUGUUAUAUCCAGCAGGAAAUUGGAUGUUUUGAAAGCAACCGCGGCCGAAAUCUCAUCAGAAACUGGAAAUAAGGUGCAUGCUGUUCAGUGCGAUGUCAGAGAUCCAGAAUCUGUUAAAAAAGCUGUAGCAGAAAUGAUUCAAGUGGCGGGUCAUCCGAGUGUUGUGGUAAACAAUGCUGCCGGUAACUUUAUUUCUCCUUCCGAAAGACUUUCUGCCAACGCCUGGAGAACCAUCACAGACAUUGUCCUUAAUGGCACAGCUUACGUAACGCUUGAGGUUGGGAAGGAGCUAAUUAAAGCAGGAAAAGGUGCUGCAUUUCUGGCUAUAACCACAAUAUAUGCAGAGAGUGGAUCUGGAUUUGUUGUUCCCAGUGCUUCAGCUAAAGCUGGAGUAGAAGCAUUGUGCAAAUCUCUUGCAGCUGAAUGGGGAAGAUAUGGUAUGAGGUUUAACGUUAUACAGCCCGGGCCCAUAAAGACAAAGGGUGCCUUCAGCCGCCUGGACCCCACAGGAAACUUUGAAAGUGGCAUGAUCAAGAGGAUCCCAGUUGGUCGUCUGGGCACGCCGGGGGAGAUAGCAAAUCUUGCAAUAUACCUAUGCAGUGACUAUGCAAACUGGGUGUCUGGAGCGAUCAUACGAAUGGAUGGUGGGGAAUAUGUUUCAAUGGCUGGAGAAUUUAACAGCUUACAAAAGGUAACUAAUGAGCAGUGGGACCUCAUGGAAAAAUUAAUCCGGAACACCAAAGGCUCCUAAUGUAGACUCCACUCACUGUACAAAUACAGAACAAUGGAAGAAUAUUUGAUUCACCCUUUUUUACAGCUGCAAUAACCUCAGAUUCACAAAGCUUGAUAUUAAAGAAAAUGGCACCAUAUCUUGUGGGUGGUAUCACAACUCUGCUUCAUUCAUUUCAAUAGAGCUGACCUGCAUUACCAUGUUCAACCUGAGGACAGGUGUGAUGCUGUUUCUGAAAGAAUGCAGCUGUGUUUUUCUAAUCCUGGAUAACCCCUUUAAUCAUUCUCCACAUCCUUACUAGUCCUAGUCAUUUGUCCCUAUCUUGGAAAAAGAGAAAUUUAGCCCAAGAAAUUAAGAAAAAAAAAAAAAAAAUCCUUCUCCACUAUGGAAGUACUGGUUUAGUUUAAAUGAAACUGUGAAUUACUGGAUUUCAUUUAGCCUUUCAGCUAAAAACUGAGAAUGUGUAAUGAAUGCUAUAAUGUCUGUAUACAUCACCUUAUGCCUUAAUGCAUAGAAUUAAAUAUGUGUGACAAAUAA